GCCAGCUAUCACUCUAUAAAGCCUUGCAGCACCGUUCUGUCGUUCAACAUACGUACACACCAGAGAGGCACAUAAAAAAGGUUUGACUUUAGAAUUUUGCAAAAUGGAGGGCAGAAUCAUACUGCCUUUACUGCUUCUGUCAAUUAUAGGUGAAAUGACAGCUCAGACUUCAGGAGGAAUGACAACUCAAAACCCAGGUGAAAUGACAACUCAAAGCACAGGAAACAUAACUUCAAUGCCGGGUGAAAUGACAACUCCUAAUACAGGUGAAAUGACAGCUCAGACUUCAGGAGGAAUGACAACUCAAAACCCAGGUGAAAUGACAACUCAAAGCACAGGAAACAUAACUUCAAUGCCGGGUGAAAUGACAACUCCUAAUACAGAGGAAGACCAUCCAGGUGAUGUCUGUUUAGGACCCCUUUACCCAAUUGGAGGAACAACAAGCUCUCGAGAAGAUGAUGGAAGCUCGACAGGAAUUUCACUCCUUCCAGCUUUUAACUAUUUUGGCAAAUCCUACUCUCAGAUUUAUGUAAACCAUAAUGGACAUCUGUCAUUUGAAGAACCAUGGGGUAGUUUCUUCCCCCAACGUUUUCCAAUGUAUGGAUGUAGAGACAUCAUUGCUCCUUACUGGACUGACUUAGACAAUAGUAGAAGUGGUAACAUCUGCUAUGUUCAGUAUACCAACGGCUCUAUUCUCCAACAAGUUACCCAGGACAUCAACUCUUACUUCCCACAAAUUAACUUUUAUGCCACCUGGAUCUUUAUUGCAACAUGGCAUAAAGUUCCCUAUUUUUCAAUGCCUAAAACGCAAACAACCUUUCAGACAGUAUUGGCUUCCGAUGGGAAUUACUCAUUUGUGAUACUGAAUUAUGGUUCCCUAGCAUCCAAACCAGGCUCUGUAGAGGCUGGGUAUGACACAGUCUAUUCCUGUCACCACUUCACCAUCCUUGGAUCAUUGUCUAAUAGCACAAACUCAAAAAUCACACUUUUAAGUCAUGAAAGUAACGUCAAUGUAUCCGGUCGCUGGGCUUUCCGUGUCGAUAAUGGUUCAAGGGACUGCAAUGGACCCCUCUAUCCAAUUGGUGGAAAAACAAGCUCUCAAGAGGAUGAUGGAAGAUCCACGCCAAUUUCACUCCUUCAACCCUUUAACUAUUUUGGCAAAUUCUACUCUCAGAUAUAUGUAAGUUCAGAUUAUUUCUUAGACUCAAAGUAA